CUCAAAGUAUACGGCAGCCGAUUUUGAUGAGGAUAUGCGAACGGUGCUACGUCGAGCUGGUUGUCGUAACGAAAAGAUCUGCUUCAUCAUGGAUGAAUCGAAUAUGCUAGAUACGGGAUUCCUGGAGCGUCUAAACACUCUGCUAGCAAAUGGCGAGGUCCCAGGAUUAUUUGAGGGCGACGAGUACACGACACUGAUGAGCCAGAUCAAGGAGGGAGCGCAUCGUCAAGGCCUUAUGCUUGAUUCACCCGAUGAGCUCUACAAGUGGUUCACUGCUCAGUUGAACGAAAGUGAAAUGAAACGUGGUCGUCGUGUGAUGGCAUUGACCCCGAGACAUUUCCUCGAUUUUAUCAAGCAUUACAUCAACGUUUUCCACGAAAAAAGACGCGAUUUGGAGGAGGAAAAAUUGCAUUUGAAUAUCGGCCUGAACAAGAUUAAAGAAACUGAAGAGCAAGUUUUGGAGUUGCAAAAAUCGUUGACUUUGAAGAGCAGCGAGUUGGAAGUGAAGAAAGCUGCAGCAAAUGCAAAAUUAAAGGAAAUGCUCUCCGACCAGCAACGAGCCGAAAAAGAGAAAUUGGCUAGCGAGCAGCUACAGAAGGAACUUGCCGAAUCGCUGGUUGAGAUUGAGAAAAAACGCACAGAAGUAGAGAGGGAUUUGGCGCAGGUGGAGCCAGCCGUGGAAGAAGCGAAACUGGCAGUCAAAGGUAUUCGGAAAGCACAACUUGUUGAAGUGCGAUCGAUGGCCUCGCCGCCACAACCCGUCCGAUUAGCGCUGGAAUCAAUAUGCUUACUGCUUGGCGAAAAUGUUGGUACCGAUUGGAAAGCAAUUCGAGGUGUAAUGGUGAAGGAUGAUUUUAUGCCGAGAAUUCUUAACUUUGAUACGGAUAGUAUCUCACCGGAAACGCUGAAAUUGAUGGAGAAAUAUAUCCGCAAUCCGGAUUGGGACUUCGAAAAAGCGCAACUCCUGUACUCGGACAUGCUUCGAAAAGUGGAACCGUUGAGGAAUGAGUUGUUGCGACUGGAAAAAGAUGCAAAAGUCGGACGUAGUACACAACUUCUGAAAAGCCUUGGAUCCGAAAGGGAUCGCUGGCAUGGCAGUUGUGAUGGAUUCAGCCAACAGAUGGACUCGCUCAUCGGUGAUGCAUUGCUCAGCGCUGCAUUCUUGGCUUAUUCCGGUUACUACGAUCAGCAACUGCGCGAUCUUCUGUUUCAUCACUGGACCGUAUUCGUGGAGCAAGCCGAAAUCAAACAUCGCUCUGACCUGGCACGCGUGGAAUACCUCUCGUCGGUGGAUGAACGACUCGAAUGGAGUAAGAAUGGCCUGCCUGUUGAUGAACUGUGCACCGAGAAUGCUAUCAUGCUACACAGAUUUAAUCGCUAUCCGUUAAUCAUUGAUCCAUCAGGACAGGCUAUCAAUUAUUUGAUGAGACAAUUUUCCGGAAAAAAUAUUGUGAAAACAAGCUUUUUGGACGACUCAUUCAGGAAAAAUUUGGAAUCAGCACUGCGUUUUGGCAAUUCGCUACUUGUUCAGGAUGUUGAAAGCUAUGAUCCAAUACUGAAUCCUGUGUUGAAUCGCGAAGUGAAACGAACCGGUGGACGAAUUUUGAUAACGCUGGGUGAUCAGGAUAUCGAUUUGUCUCCUUCAUUCCAGAUAUUCUUGAUCACACGCGAUGCUUCGGUUGAAUUUGCGCCAGAUGUUUGCUCACGAGUGACAUUUGUCAAUUUCACCGUGACACGUUCGUCGCUUGAGAUGCAGUGCCUCAAUCAGGUACUGAGAAGUGAACGGCCGGAUGUUGACGAAAAGCGCAAUGAUCUGUUGAAACUACAGGGAGAGUUUGCCGUAAAACUGCGACAGCUUGAAAAGGUCUUUUUUUUUUAAUG